CUUUGGCGGGUUCGCUGUUUGGGGUUCGAUUGACCGAGGGCGUGGGAUCCAUGAAGAAGAGCGCGAGCAUGGGCAACCUCUCGUCGUCGUCGUCGUCGUCGGCGCACUUCAACAAUCCCGGGUCCCCCGGUUCGGACCCGACCCGCGAUCAUGACCGAUCCGGAUACGCUUCUGAUGAUCCUACUCACGCUUCGUGCUCCUCGUCGAAUUGCCGCAGCGAGCGCAAGAAGGGAACCCCAUGGACGGAAGAAGAGCACAGGAUGUUCUUACUUGGUCUACAGAAGCUUGGAAAAGGAGACUGGCGUGGCAUAGCUCGUAAUUUUGUUGUCUCUAGGACACCUACACAAGUUGCCAGCCAUGCUCAAAAGUACUUUAUCAGGCAGACUAAUGCAUCGAGGAGGAAGAGGCGCUCAAGCUUGUUCGACAUGGUGCCUGAAAUGCAAAUGGACCAACUCCAAGUUCUUGACGAAAAGCAACACAUGCUCAGAUCUCCUACUGAUCCCGAUACCACCAACCACCUGCAAUCUCUACAUCUUCUACAGGAUCAAGAAACGGAACCAGCAGAAAAAUCCUCGAUCACCCUCCCUCCAGAAAUCAAAGAAACCGUCACAUACAGCAACAUCCCUCUACCACCGGGCCACACAUUCUACCCUACUGCAUUCAUACCCAUGCCUUACCCGUUCUGGCCACCGACACCAGCUCCCCAAAAGGCCGAAACCACAACCGAGACCCAUGAAGUCCUUAAACCAACACCCAUACUCCCUAAGGAAUCCAAGAACGUCGAUGAAGUCGUGGGAAUGUCGAAGCUGAGCAUAGGCGAGGGGACGGGUAGUCGAAUGGAGCCAUCUGCGCUUUCUCUUAAGUUAAUGGAUUCAUCUGCCGACAGUGGCCGGAGCUGAUUUGAGCCCGAGUAACAGUAGUCCUAUUCAUGCGGUAUGAAUCUGGGUCUGAUAAUUGGUCCUUGGUAUAGAUAUUCUUUUUUGUUAUGACUUUGUUGUUUUUUAAUUUGUUGGUAGUUUAUGGAACAUCUCGUUUGGCUGAUUAGAUUUAGAAUGAGGGAUGCUGUAUCUUGUUGUUGUUAAUAGUGGACAUAAUUUGGUUUUGUUAUAAAUAAGUCUGAAGUUCUGCAA